AUCAGUAACAUAGGAGGAUUAUAUUAUUAUCAUUAUAUUAUUAUAUUUGUACUUUUGGAAGUUGAAAUUGUUGAUCUGAAGGCUGUAGAGAUGGGUUUAUUAAUGUCUCGGGUAAUGACUCUCUUCAAGGAUUGGUCUCAGGGAAGUCCUUCAAGAGUUCUUAUGCUUGGUCUGGAUGCAGCAGGAAAGACUACAUGUUUGUACAAGCUGAAGCUGAAUGAAACAGUGACAACGAUCCCUACCAUAGGAUUCAAUGUCGAAACCGUGACACCAGUACCAGGUCUAUCAUUCACCGUUUGGGAUGUAGGCGGUCAAGAGAAAAUCAGGGCACUUUGGAGACAUUACUACUAUGGCACACAUGGUGUUAUCUUUGUAGUAGACAGUCAAGAUCGAGAACGAUUCGCAGAAGCUCGAGGUGAACUGCUUGCUAUACUACAAGCUCAAGAAAUGACUGGGAACGUCCCUGUGCUAAUACUUGCUAACAAACAAGAUCUACCAGGUGCACACGGUGUGACCAAAUUGAUUGACGAACUCCAACUCCGAAAUCUUACCCAGAAUCCUUGGCAUAUCCAAGGCGCAUGCGCCACGACAGGGGAUGGUUUAUACGAAGGACUCCAACAACUGUCCAAGAUGAUCCGAGAAUUCAAGAAAUCUGGAGGAAAGGUGUCCAUAUUUAGUGGGUUUAUAUACAGGUAUUCUGCUUUAUAUGGAGAUCAACCUAUCGCGUUGGUUAACAUGAGCCUUACCAAAACAGGACCAACAAUGGGUAAUGUGGUUAACAAGUUCACGAGUGCCUUUGGUGAUUGGUCCAAAAACCCUACGCGUGUUCUCAUGCUAGGCCUCGAUGCUGCUGGUAAGACUACAAUCCUAUACAAGCUGAAGUGUAAUGAGACUGUUCAAACCAUUCCUACCAUUGGGUUUAAUGUAGAGACAAUUACACCCGUUCCUGGUCUAACUCUCACGGUAUGGGAUGUAGGUGGUCAAGAAAGACUCAGGGCGCUAUGGAGGCAUUACUAUGUAGGCACUGAAGGAAUCAUCUUUGUAAUAGACAGUGCAGAUCAAAUGAGAUUCUUGGAUGCAAGAGAAGAAUUAUUCAACAUGUUGAAUUCAGAUGAUAUCUUGGAUGGUACACCGCUUCUUAUACUCUGCAACAAGCAAGACAUGAGCGAAGCCGAGUCAGUCUCGAGGAUCAGUGAGACCUUAGAUCUGAAGAGGAUCACUAAGAACCCUUGGCAUAUCCAGGCCAUCUCAGCAUUAAGUGGAGAAGGACUUCUUGAAGGAAUGACCAAAAUUGCCAAAAUGGUCAAGAAUUUCAAAAAAGAGAACAUGAAGAAAGAUCAUGCAUCGUCUUCGUGAUUGUGACAAGAAAAAAAAACACUGUGAAUUUACUGCUUUCAUGUUAUCAGGAAUACAGUACUUACUGAAGAGGUAUAACAGAUGACGGACGCUUGGAAUAAUUCCAGAAAAUUAAGGAUACACCACUUGACAAUCAAAACUGAAAACAUCAACUGUCAUCACUUUCAGAGACGUGGAAAACAUCAUCUUUAAGAUUUUUUGACUGGAUAUUGACUGAAUUAAGAAUUGAGGAAUGCUUUUUGAAGGUAGAACAGGCGAUAUUUACCUUUCAGAUAUUUGUACAACAUUGAAUACUAGUAACAUGAUGAACUUGGUUCACUGUCAAUCUUCGAUGAGCUGUCAUCACAUACAAACCCAAAAUAACAUGGAAAUUCCACAUGGUGGUAUAUUUGAUGAUUUGCCAAUGCAUUGCUGUACAAAGAAGGCACUGGGCAUAAGCUUUGCUCGACCCUGGAUUCACUUCUUCUUUUCAUGUUUUCCUGCUUGUAACUUUUGACGGCGACAAUGACAACGACUAAAAAAAAUGGAACAGUUUUUAGGCCCCCUAACAGGCCUUGCAUUAAUGAAUUCCUGGAUCCGCCUCAGAUGCCACGCACGUAGACCUCUCAGAUCUUUGUCAUCAUUGGCGAGUGUAAUUAAGAGAAGGAUAAGAUACAGCUUCCUUUAUCCUUGAUUGAUCUGCGAACAAGGAAGAAAUUAAAGCAAGCGAUUAUUGAUUAUAAUGGUCAAAAUUAUACUAUGGACCCAGGAUUGAUCGAGUGGAAGGGGGGAAGGGGGGGGGGGCAAGGUCAAAGAGAUAUCAGAACACCCCGCUUAACCAAAACUAAUGAUAAUACAAAAAAUAUAUCGUCAAGAGGAGUAGUAGGGUAGUCUGAAGAGGAAGGUGUAUAUAGACUCAAUUAUAUGUCCUUUUUGUGCUUACUUCAAGAGAAGCUAUAUUCAGUCCGGUUUGAAAUACAGACCAGUCUUGGGUUCACACCUGCUAAGCAGGGGUGUAAGCACAAAAGAGAUCAAUUUUGGAGCUAUAUCGCAGCUAGUAACUCCAUUAGGACAAGAAGAAGUCCAGGGACGAUUGGCACCACCCCAGAUCCACUACUUCUACAUUUGCUAUGAAGAACCUGAUAUGAUAAUUCACAAGUAUAUACAGUGAUUUUGUAGGGGUAUAGGUGUGUCCAGAAUUGUCAGUUACAGAAGAAGCACUUUAAUUUGUAUCAAAUUGUUGAUAAAUGUCCAUAAAAAGAAAGUUUGGCACACUAUGUAUAUUGCUGUUUAUAUUCAAUAUCGGGAGAGCGAAUAGAAACUAUAAGCACUUGACAAAAAUAUCAGGAUACUUCCGCCAUGCUGAUCACAUGAUUAGCUAGCUCCUAAAUGUAAAUAGUUAUGUAGUAAACAUAGAACUAAACUAUACUUGAAUCCUUCUUUAUCACAACUCGGCUGGCCGUGUCGGUAGUAGAGAAGGAAAUCAAACAAUAUAUUAUAAGGGUGUUCAAUUUGUAUUAUUUAUAUCAUUAUUAUUUAGGCCUACUUUAAACAUAUAGGUCUAAUUAUCUCACCAGAGAUAAUUAAUCACCUACGACCUUGGCUGAUUUUGAUACCAAUACUACUCUUUGGAACUGUUAUCUUCAUUUAUUUACAAGUUGGAAUGUUCAUAUAAAUUUGUUUAUUCCCCCCCCCCCCCCAUUGUAAACGGACGGUGUAGUGUGUGCCGGGCUUACCAAAUCUCACCUAAAUGCAGUCCGAUUAUGGUAUUUAAUUCGCAGUAUCAAAAUGUCACGAUUGGAUUAUGGUGCCAUUGAAUUUUCUAGUCUUUAAAUGUAAAUAGGUUGUUUGGUAUACCCAACCUUUUUUAUUCGUAAUUUGUAUUUAGAACAUACACACUAAGAAAUAGGGGUUCAAAUUUGAACACUUCAUGUAUACAAUAGCAGCACCACAAAAGAAGCAAAUGCGUAUAAUUAUGCUCAUCUGUCCCCCUUUAUUAAGGGUGCAGUUAGCUAAGCACCCUAUGGAGUGCAGAAAUGAACCAUAUCAUAUAGGUUCAAAUUUGAACCUUUUUAAUGUCAAGUAUUAUGCACCUUUAAAGGUGAAAAGUUGCAUUUCUUAAUUUGCAUUUUGCACCUUUUUUUCCUCUUAGGGUCCUAGAUUUGAAAUUGGAUUCUAUUUCUUCAAAGUCGUUAAAGGCACAAAAAUAUAUUUCUUGAUCUUGGGGCCCAACUUAAAAAAGAGGUUAUUAUUAAACGUAUUUUGGACUUUCUCUAAAUGCAACUCUUUCUAAACAGACACUGUUGUUUGUGAGAACGAGCUGUCUUUUAUUAUACUUAUCAUAAAGAAACUCAUCUAUAUGAAGGUGAAAUUAAUGAAAAUGAUUGUUAUCCUUUUUGUUUAUUACACUAAGGGAAAUGGAUGAAUAUUAAACAUAUUUAAAGUUGAUAAAAACUAUUUUUAUGUACAUUCCUAGAAUCGAUUGGCUUCGCAUAUAACGUAUAAAGAUAUUAAUCUACUUUAUGCUUUUCAUGUUCACAACUGGUGUGUCGUAAAAUGUGUUGAAACCAGUGUGGAUAGCUACGAAAUAUUAAUGUUGGCUAUAGUAUUUGAUGCCCUCAAUAUAACAAACUGUUCUCAACUUUUAGCCCACAUUUCGGUUCUUUUACGGCAGUGGGAAGCAACUAAUCAUCUGUGUUGUCGUAUAUAGAUUGACACAGAUUGCAUAUUUUGUUAUAUGUUAUAUUUAACUAUUGAUUAAAUGACAUUGUAAUACUC